AUGGGCCACAUGAUAUCCGUUUUCUUCGCCGCUUUGACACAAUGUCUGCCUAUUCACAUGUACUGGAACCACUACUACACGGACGAGACUAUAAACGGCAAGGUUGUCAACCCGAAUUAUCAGUGCUACACCAUGGCCGCCUUUUCUCUCGUCACUGCUGGCCUCGCGAUUCUGACGGAUGUCCUCAUACUGCUCGUACCCGUAGCCAUGAUGUGGAACUUGCGCAUGGCACUCCGCCAGAAAUUCGCUGUCAGCGCCGUACUCUCUGUCGGCUGGAUUGUAGCCAUUCUCGACAUUGUUCGGGUUGAAGUUUUCUAUGACUUUUGGUACCCAUCGAGUACCUCCAACGACCCUACGUACAAAGUUUCCAUUACCCUCUCCGGCAUCGAAGUCAACGUCGGGAUCAUGACCGCCUGCGGUCCCGCGCUUAAAGCCCUAGCAACGCGAUGCGUACCGAACCUUUUCAGCUCCAAGAGCACCACACAGACGAAUGCAUACCACACACGCGAAUACGAAACGAAUUCAAGUGCUGGCACAACAAAGAGCGGCCGCUUCGUUACGACGGCGCUCCAGCCACGCGACAACAACAGUGAUAGUCAAGCGCACAUCGUGCGCGAUAGCAGUUCGUAUACAGACAACAAGAGCAUAGAAGCGCCAUCGAUAAAGGAAGCGGCGGCGGUACCAAACAGCAAUACAUGGACGACCAGCAAGGGCUGA